AUGCAGAAAGCCUGUUUGAUGCUUAGCAUUUUCGUAAAUUUGUAUUAUGCCAAUAAAAUACUCUACAAGAAAAACGUUUCAUCAACUUGGUUUCCUUCAACUUCAACCGAAUGUUCGUUGUUCUCCUUAGCGGUCUCACCAGUUGUGAGUUGCUGUUCUUCCUUAGUUUUCUGUCUCCCAUUGCGCUGUUGUUGUCCCCCAUCCUCUAUUUCUCCAUUCUUUUGCUGUUUUUUGAGAUCCUCAGUCGUUUUCAAAUCCACUUUCUCUUCUUUUUGUAUGGCAGCAUCUUCUUCACAUGUUAUUCCAUGUGUUCCAUUUGGACAUUCGUUACACUGGACGAGAUCAUCUUCGUUUACGAAGCAGUCGCCGUUGUUCCUGUAUUUACAAAUUCGUAACAUAAUUGCAUACAUGAUGAUUGCAAAAAGACUAAAGUGCUUUUUGGACAUUAUCUGCUAAGAGGUUGCAUUUCUCCAAUUAUUGUCAUAUGUCAGCCACUUACGGACAUGGACAUCUGGUACAAUCGUCGGGAGUCCCAGUUGUUGCAUCUCCA